UUGCGCCCCUGCUACCAAGUUCCUCUCAGUCUGUGUUUGAUGGGGAGAAACUCUUCCUCUCUACCUAACAGAUUACUGUAUCUCAGUCAGAUGAUGAUGAUGAUGAUGAUGAUGAUGAUGACGAUGUCUGUCACGCUGCGUCUGGAUAUGGAAAUGUGGCGCGCAAACAAGGCGCGCGUCUCCACGAGCCGUGCGUCAACGUUCCUGGACAGAUUUCGGACCGUGUGAACUACUGAUGACUGUGACACGAAGAUGACUCUCUCCUCGGUGACCUCCUCCUCCUCUUGGAGAGCGGAGUCUGUGCUCAUCUCUUUGGGCUUCGCGGUCAUCUUCCUGCUCGGCACCGUGGGGAACUCUCUGGUCCUCGCGGUCCUGUUCCGUAACGGACAGAUGAACACCAAGACCACCAACAUGUUCAUCCUCAACCUCGCGAUAGCAGACCUGUGCUUCAUCGUGUUCUGUGUGCCCUUCCAGGCCACCAUCUACACCCUGGAUCAGUGGGUGUUCGGUCCUGUGCUCUGUAAAGUCGUGCACUUCAUCAUCUUCCUCACCAUGUACGCGAGUGUCUUCACCCUGACCGCGGUGUCCCUGGACAGGUAUUUAGCCAUUUGCUACCCGCUCCGCUCCAGAGAGAUGAGAACACCCAAGAACGCCCUCGCCGCCAUCUGCCUGGUCUGGACCUUGGCCUUGGUUUUCUCAGGACCGUAUCUCAGCUACUACGCCCAGAUGGACCUGGCCGGCACUGUGGUGUGCAUUCCUGCCUGGGAGUCCAAACCACGCAUCAUAAUGGACGUGUGCACCUUCGUCUUUGGCUACCUCAUCCCCGUGCUGGUGCUGGGCCUCACCUACGCUCGCACCAUCCGAUACCUGUGGACCAGCGUGGAUCCUGUGGAGGACAUGUCCGAGUCGAGGCGAGCCAAGCGGAAAGUCACCAAGAUGAUCAUCGUUGUCGCCGCUCUCUUCUGCCUCUGCUGGCUCCCCCACCACCUGGUCAUCCUCUGCAUGUGGUUCGGACACUUCCCCCUCAACCAAGUCACCUACGUCCUCCGCAUCCUCUCCCACCUGGUGGCGUACACCAACUCCUGUCUCAACCCCAUCGUCUACGCGCUCGUCUCUAAGCACUUCCGCAAAGGCUUCAGGAAGGUGUUCAGCUGCUUGCUGAGGAGGAGGGAGGUCAACAAGGUGCACGUCAUCCAGGCGGUGAACACAGUCAGCAGCAUGGAGACGUCCAACUGAAGACGCUGAAGGAGAGACAUCCAACUGAAGACGCUGGAGGAGAGACGUCCAACUGAAGACGCUGAAGGAGAGACAUCCAACUGAAGACGCUGAAGGAGAGACAUCCAACUGAAGACGCUGAAGGAGAGACAUCCAACUGAAGACGCUGAAGGAGAGAUGUCUAACUUAACAUUACGAACUAUGAACAUACCCAGAAACUGCUGUCAGCUCUAGAGUGGUCUCCUCUGGUCUGAAUCAGGGACUCAUGUUGUUCCAAAGUUGUAUAAUUGCCUAGAGUUGGUUGGUGUUCUCACGGCAGCAUUUACAAGAGGACCAGAUCAAAUGCCUUGUGUGAGAAAGCUGCUCUUGAUUGGUCAGAAUUUCCAUGUGGGAAAAAUCCAGGAAGUAAAGCAAACGUUGAAGAAGAGUACACUUGCAAGAUAAAUGUGACACUUUCUAAUGUCACAAUGGAGGGACAACUACGCAGGUUGAUUUUAGCGCUGCUCAUCAACCGGACUGAGACCACCUCUUCAAGAAGGUCUCAGUCUGGUUGUUUUGCUGUGUUCACACCUGCACAAACGAACCGCACUGAGGGGGCAAACGAACUACGCCCCAAACAGGGCAGGUGUGAACGCAGCCUGACAUAACGUCCCAAACGUAUUCAUUUCACCAGCAUUGAGACUCUUGAGUAGACGUCUCUGUAAGGACAGACAGUAAUGAGAUGACGAUGGCGAAUGAAGAACACUUCAGGACAGUAGAAGCUGCAGGAUGAGCCACAGCUGUCUACAGCACAGGCUGCUGCCACCAAAUUAUUGACUGAAGAAAUUGAUGUGCGGAGGAAAACCUUUACCUUUCAGGACAAAGGCUCCAUUCGACACAGUGAAGGCCACCUGAGACUACAUUCUAAAAAAAAAAAGCUGCAAAAUAAAGUGUCAGAAAUAACGUGUUUUAAAAAGAGAUUUCAAUGAAGAUAAAGAGGUCAUCAGUGUCGUCUGCAGGAACAGUGACUCUCCUCAGCUUCACAUUAAAUGACGGCCGUGAGUGGAA